AUGGGAGACUCGUGCCCAUGUUGUGUGAACAACUCUGCACGAGCACCUAAGGAGGCUUACCUCCUUACCAGCCCGUGGUGGCGCGUACGUAUCUCUACUGAGAUGUACGAAGGGAUUGACAACCUGAAAUCCCUUUACGACCGUGCCGGGAAGACUUUCUCCGGCGGUCCUUCUGCGGCACAGGAUGUGCCGCGUCGUACUGCUCAACCAGACCCAGUACGUCAAUCAUCAGUUGGGAGCGGGGCUCCCAAGUAUCCCAGGACGGGGGAUAGCCGCGCCACCGGACGAGAUAGCUCGUCCGACGUCUGUUCACGUCGCGGUGGUUCAACAGCUGCUCAACGAGAUAGCACUGGCCACCGCGAGAGUCCUCCAAUGGAGGUUGAGGAGGAGGGAAAACGCUCUCCAAACUAUCGUGGGGAAGCGUGUGUUCCCAAGAGCUUCUUUGAUCGCGUAACGCAAGGGUUACGCGGCGAUCUCGAACAUGAGCGGAAUAGGCGUCUCCAAAUGGCGGACACUGUCUCGAAGCAUCGAGAUGAGUUGCCUUUGCUCAGCUUGAGAACGAGAGAGCUCUGA